AUGUCGGGCAGAGGGAAAGGUGGUAAGGGUUUGGGCAAGGGCGGAGCGAAGCGGCAUCGCAAGGUUCUGCGGGACAACAUCCAAGGAAUCACUAAACCUGCUAUUCGGCGCCUGGCUCGCCGGGGUGGUGUCAAACGCAUCUCGGGCCUCAUAUACGAGGAGGUGCGUGGGGUGUUGAAGGUGUUCCUGGAGAAUGUCAUUAGGGAUUCGGUCACGUACACGGAACAUGCCAAGCGCAAGACUGUUACCGCGAUGGACGUCGUGUAUGCGCUGAAGCGCCAAGGUCGGACGCUGUACGGCUUCGGUGGUUGA